AGCCGAAGCCGCUCGUGGAAGCUAGAGCAUGCGCAUUGCCAGCUCAAGCAUUUGCUCAACAGGGAGCAUGCGUACGGUGUCUGAAGUUGAUAAAUUGAAAUUGAACAUGCGUAAUUAACCUUUCUGAAGAGGAAAAGAAAAAAAAAAAUACAACAAAACUCUACGUUUGUGGAACAUGCGCAUUAGUUCUCCCUAGGGUUUUUUUUUUUCUUUUCUUUUUUUUUUGGGGGGGUGGUGUUGAAAGUGAGCAUGCGCAUAAUGGCCCUUUGAAGUUUGAACAGAACAGAAACGGCUGGUCCGGGGGCUGUCAGUUGCUCACUUUUUUUGAGGAAAUAGGCCUAGUGUGUGUCUCAGCAUGUCAAUAGUAACACUGCAACUUGGUCAGAGUGGCAAUCAGAUUGGUUUUGAAGUAUUUGAUGCUCUGUUUAGUGAUUCACACUGUUCCCAGGGACUCUGCUCUAAAAGAGAGAAUGAGGCAUAUCAAGCAUCUUGCAAAGAAAGAUUCUUCAGUGAGGAGGAAAAUGGAGUUCCAAUUGCCCGGGCUGUACUUGUUGACAUGGAACCUAAAGUUAUCAAUCAAACACUAUCAAAGGCUUCCCAGUCUGGCCGAUGGAAAUAUGGCCAGCGUUCAUGCUUCUGUCAAAAACAAGGUUCUGGAAACAACUGGGCAUAUGGUUACUCUGUUCAUGGACCCAGACAUGCAGAAUCUAUAAUGAACCUAAUCCAGAAGGAAGUAGAGAAAUGCGACUCCUUGAGUGGUUUUUUCAUCGUAAUGAGUAUGGCUGGAGGCACAGGAUCUGGGCUGGGUGCCUUCAUUACACGGAAUUUACAAGAUCAGUAUUCCAACUCUUUGAAAAUGAAUCACAUUAUAUGGCCUUAUGGAACUGGCGAGGUUAUUGUUCAGAAUUACAACUCCAUUUUGACUCUUUCUCACCUGUACCGAUCUUCAGACGCCCUCCUUGUUCACGAGAAUGAUGCUCUUCAUAAGAUCUGUGCAAAACUGAUGAACAUCAAGCAGAUCUCCUUCAGAGAUAUAAAUCAGGUCCUCGCCCACCAGCUGGGAAGUGUGUUCCAGCCUACUUACUCUGAGGAGGGCUCAUCUCACUACAGAAGAAAUCCACUAGGAGACUUAAUGGAGAAUUUAGUUUCCCAUCCGGAAUUCAAGCUGCUGGGUGUUCGUAACAUUCCCCAAAUGUCUGAGCACUCCCUGGCCUACAGCACGUUCACGUGGGCUGGCCUCCUCAAGCAUUUGAGACAGAUGCUCAUUUCCAAUGCAAAAAUGGAAGAAGGUAUUGAUUGGCAGGUACGGCCUCCUUUAUCAGGAGCUCCUACUCCUGGUAAAAUGCCUGUCAACAAGAACCCCCACUUUAACAAGUCCCUUGCUAACUUGGUCAUCCUUCGUGGAAAAGAGGUGCACAGUGCGGAUCUGGGGGGAUUCAAAGACCCAGCCCUCUAUACUUCCUGGUUAGGACCUGAUAAUGCUUUCAAUAUGUGGAAAACCCAGCGAGCCUUUAACAAAUAUGAGAAGUCUGCAGCAUUGGUCAGCAACAGCCAGUUCUUAGUAAAACCACUUGAUAUGAUUGUGGGCAAAGCGUGGAAUAUGUUUGCUUCAAAAGCCUACAUUCACCAGUACACGAAGUUUGGAAUUGAAGAAGAGGACUUUUUGGACAGCUUCACAUUGUUAGAACAGGUUGUUGCCAGUUACCGCAAUCUCUGAUCUUGAACAAAAGGUUCAAGGGGAAAAAUGCCUUACGUCACUUUGGGACUAAAAUAUUUUCAAGACUAUUUUGACUGUAUGUUUUCAAAUUCUGAGCUUUUAAAGCUAGCCAAGUCAAAUGCUUAUUUCUUCUGCAUACUGUGCCCACAGAAUAGGAGAAGAACCUUUUAAAUAGAGAAUAUCAUCUUUUCAACAAAAACAUCUACUUGGUAUUUUCAUUUGGAAGACACACAAAAAUUGGUGCUUCUAUAAAGAAGUUUGGAAACACUUUGCUGAGAUGUUGGAACACUGGAACUAUCCAAAAAGGGGAAUAUUCUGUUUUGUCCCUAUAUGCCUACCUCUUCCCUCUUCAUUACAAAAAAGGAUUCAUUAAGUAUGUGCUAAACUUUCGCAGCACAAUUUUAAGUAAAGAAAUUGAAAUUCUGUAUUUAAAUGUAUUUAUCUUUGAAAUGAACGUUCUGAACCACAAGAGGGAGCUGUUGUUAAAUAUUAUAGGGUGAACAUCUUGUAUAUUUUAUUCUUUAACAGGUAAGAUUUUCUACCUUCAGCAGCUAUUUAAAAUAAAACCA